UUUGCCGAGGAGCUGUGGACACGAAGGAACUCAUCACGUGGCUGCCGACAUGUCCGACUCCGACAGCGACCUUCAGCCUCUGCGUAAGAAGGUGAAGAAGACGUCCAAGGUGUCCAAGGUCCGCGCGGACGACGACUCGGACUUCGACGACGACCAACCACUCACGAAGCUCAAAGCGCCGAAAAAGAGCGCGAAAGUCGACAAGACAGCGUCCAAGCCUACCGCCGCGAAAAAGACGUCGCCAGUGAAGAAAGCGUCGGCAAAGAAGGUGUCCGCGAAGGAUUCCAAGACGAAGACAGCGGCAAAGAAGAAACCCGCCGUCAAAGUCAAGGCGGAAGCAGGCAGCGUGCGCAAGCUCAAGGUCCAAAGCAAGUCAGAGCGACUGGACAUGGCGAUCAAAGCGUACCGUUGGUGGAACGCCGAGGAACUGCCCGAGGGGAUUCAAUGGAGAAGCUUGGAGCACAACGGCGUGCUGUUCCCACCCUCGUACGAACCGCACGGCAUCCCUGUCCUGUACGACGGAGUCCCCGUGACGCUCACCCCCGAGCAGGAAGAAAUCGCGUCCUUCUUUGCGGCGAUGCCGGCGGACGGCCCACAACUGGGCAACCCCAAGACCGCGGCCAUGUUUACCAAGAACUUCUUUGCCGACUUCAAAGCAUCGCUGGGCAAGAACCACGUGAUCAAGGACAUCAAAAAGUGCAACUUUGAAAAGAUCCAAGCGCACUUGGCCGACCUCCGCGACGUGAAAAAAGACCGGACAAAGGAAGAAAAAGCCCCUGAAAAGAUCAAGAAGGACGAAGAGCUGUACCGCCACGGCUUUGCCAUCAUCGACGGCCAUUUGGAAAAGGUGGGCAAUUUUAGAAUAGAACCGCCGGGUUUGUUUCGAGGUCGCGGCGAACACCCCAAGACUGGCACGUUGAAGAAGGCGGUGCUGCCGGAAGAGGUGACGAUCAACGUGGGGAUGGAAGACCGCGUGCCGCCGUGUCUGACGCCUGGCCACGCAUGGAAAGAGGUGAUUCAUCGGGACACAGUGUCGUGGCUAGCGUACUGGAACGAAAAUGUCAUGGGCGGCAUCAAGUACGUGUGGCUGGCGGCGUCGUCGAGUUUCAAGGGCAAGGCCGACAUGGAAAAGUACGAAAAGGCGCGCCGACUCAAGAACUGCAUCGCCAAGAUCCGCAAAGACUACACGGACGGGUUGACAGCCAAAGACAUGUUUACGCGGCAACGCUCCACGGCCAUGUGGGUGAUCGACGUGCUGGCACUGCGCGUGGGCAACGAAAAAGGCGAAGAUGAAGCCGACACGGUCGGCUGCUGCUCCCUUCGCGUCGAGCACGCGUCGUUCAGCGCGACCAACUGCGAGCUCACGCUGUCGUUUCUUGGCAAAGACUCGAUGCCGUACAACAACACGAUUCAGUUGGCCGUAUAUGGCACCGUGGGCGAGCAAGUGUUUAACAAUCUAAAGAGCUUUUGCGCCAAGAAGGAGCCACAUCAGGACAUUUUUCACGAACUGAGCGUCACCGAGCUCAACAAGCACCUGAGCUCGCUCAUGCCGGGGCUGUCGGCCAAAGUGUUUCGUACAUUCAACGCAUCUGUGACCCUCGAGAAGGAGCUGCCGCGUGUGCUGCCGGGCGACGACGUCGCUGUCAAGAUCGUCUCGUACAACGACGCGAAUCGAAAGGUGGCUAUUCUGUGCAAUCAUCAACGGUCAGUGCCCAAGGGAUUUGGGUCGACGGUGGACAAGAUGAACGCAACGUUGAGUCAGCUGAACGACCAACUGAACGAGCUCCAAGCCAUGCGCGUAGCCGUCAAGAAGAACAAGCCCAAGGCGAUUCAGCUGCGGCAGGACGACGCCGACGACGCCGACGACGCGGACGCCAAGAAGGCGCAGCUGCAUCGAUUCACCAAAGUCCCUACAGUUGAACAAGUGGACAAGAAGAUCGAUAGCUGGAUGAAAAAGGUCAAGGCGCUGGACUUGCGGCUCAAGGACAAGAACGACAACAAGGAAGUGGCGCUGGGAACGUCCAAGAUCAAUUACAUGGACCCGCGCAUCACGGUGGCUUGGGCCAAGCGCAACGAAGUGCCCAUCUCAGCCGUGUUUCCCAAAGCGCUGCGGGAAAAGUUUGUGUGGUCGAUGGACGUCGACUCGAAUUGGUCGUUUUAGGUAUAUAAUAACGUUACCAUCAGAAUGAAUCAUCGCAUUUGUUUUUUCAAAUGCAAACGACACAUA